AUGAUAUGUCUUAGUGUUGAAGAAAAGUCUAGAUUGGAAACAAAACUUCGUGAACUUUUAAUGGAAAAGUCUUUAUGUUUAAAUAGUUGUUCUCCCAAAAAAUCUAUGGAAAUUUACAAUCUUGUCUAUUCUUAUUGUAUUAAACUUAGAAAGUGUAAAAAAAAAGCUGUUCGUUCAUUAGUAGAAGUUAAUAAUAGUACUCUUGACAAAAAUGAAAUAAUUGGAAGAGAAAUUUUUUCAAUUUUAAAAAAUUUUGUCAUUAGACAUUUAAAAGUAGCUUGCUUGGAAUUAAACAAUUAUAAAGGAGUUAGUUUAUUAGAAUCAUACAAUGAAUAUUGGAAUAAGUUUUUAAUUUUUAUAACAAUUGCUGAUGCUGGUUUUGGUUAUAUUAACAAAUUUUGUAACAUAGCCAUGCUUUUAAAUCAAUUCAAGGAACACUUUUUUUUAAAUCUUUUGUACCCUACUAGAUCUACCGUACUUGAAUUAAUUAAUAAUGAACGAAAUUUAGGAAUAACAUACAAUUCUUUACUAAUAUCUUCAGUACUAAAAUCUUAUAUUUUUAUGGGAAUGGCAAAUUCAGAUGCUUUGAAUUAUGAAGAAUAUUUAGUUGUUUAUACAUUAAAGUCAUUUGAUUUACCAGAAAUAAAUAUUUAUGUAGAUUUUUUUGAGAGAAAGUAUCUUGAAGAAAUAACUGUUUUUUAUUGUCAAAAAUCAACUGAAUAUCUUCAAAAUAAUUCUCUUUUACAAUAUUUUAUUUAUAUAAAUAAAAUAAUUAAAGAUGAACAAGAUCGCUGUUUACGAUACAUGUCUCCACAGACAAGUAAUAAGUUAUAA